AUAUAAGCAAUUCAUGAAGAAGCCUCAAAUAUUGUCAUUGAGAUUUUUGUUCUGCCAAAGAAGCAGCAGGCUUGUAAGAUCGAUAUAGCUAGCGAUCGAUCCGUCGAAGCCUCACUAUGUCAUCUCAAGGGGUUCGACUGAUUAUUCAGGACCGUUAUGUGGUCAUGGAUAAUGGCAUACUUCAAGUUACGUUAUCAAAUCCAGAUGGAAUUGUUACCAGAAUACAAUACAGUGGCAUCGACAAUUUGCUCGAAGUUCUAAAUGAAGAAGUAAAUAGAGGGUAUUGGGACCUUGUUUGGAGUGAAGCAGGAAGUGUGGGCACAACCGGGACAUUUGAUGUGAUUAAAGGGACAAAAUUCAAGGUUAGAGUGGAAAACGAGGAACAAGUAGAGAUCUCCUUCACAAGAAAGUGGAAUCCGUCUCAAGAGGGAAAACUUGUCCCUCUCAAUAUAGAUAAAAGAUUUAUAAUGCUUCGUAAUUCUUCAGGCUUCUACUCAUAUGCCAUCUAUGAGCACUUGAAAGAAUGGCCUCCUUUCAACCUUCCACAAACCAGGAUUACCUUCAAGCUCAGAAAAGAAAAGUUUCACUAUAUGGCCAUAGCAGAUAACAGGCAAAGAUACAUGCCCCUUCCGGACGAUCGAUCACCUGAGAGAAGUCAAGCCCUAGCUUACCCUGAAGCAGUCCUUCUUGUCGAUCCUAUAGAGCCAGAAUUCAAGGGAGAGGUGGAUGAUAAGUAUGAAUACUCCUGCGAGAAUCAAAACCUGCAUGUUCAUGGUUGGGUAUGUAUGGACCCACCCAUUGGCUUUUGGCAAAUAACGCCCAGUGAUGAAUUUCGAUCUGGUGGACCUCUCAAACAGAAUCUCACCUCCCAUGUUGGCCCCACUUGCCUUGCGAUGUUUCUUAGCGCUCAUUAUUCAGGAGAAGACCUAGUGCUGAAGCUGAAACCAGAUGAGCCAUGGAAGAAAAUUUUUGGUCCUGUAUUCAUUUAUCUUAAUUCUGUGUCCGAUGCAACUGAUCCAUCACCACUUUGGGAUGAUGCAAAAAAACAGAUGAUGACAGAAGUGCAAAGCUGGCCUUACAAGUUUCCUGCCUCCGAGGAUUAUCCGCCGUCAGAUCAACGGGGCAAUGUUAAGGGUAGAAUACAGAUUCUGGAUAGGUAUGUUAGUAAAGAUCACGUACCUGGAGACGGUGCGUAUGUAGGCUUGGCACCACCAGGAGACGUUGGAUCAUGGCAAAGAGAUUGUAAGGGCUACCAGUUCUGGACAAGGGCAGAUGAGAAAGGAUAUUACUCCAUACAGAAUAUACGCGAGGGUGACUAUAAUCUCUAUGCAUGGUGUCCUGGUUUUAUUGGAGAUUAUCGAUAUGACGCAACUGUUAGCAUAACCGCAGGUUGUGAUAUUGAUGUGGAUGAUAUUGUAUAUGAGCCUCCAAGAGAUGGACCAACGUUGUGGGAAAUUGGCAUCCCUGAUCGUUCUGCUGCUGAAUUCUAUGUUCCUGAUCCUAAUCCAAUGUAUAUCAAUAAACUUUAUGUCAACCAUCCUGAUAGGUUUAGGCAGUACGGAUUAUGGGAAAGAUAUCAAGAGUUAUAUCCUGAUGAAGAUUUAAUUUACAGCAUCGGCACCAGUGACUAUACUAAAGACUGGUUCUUCGCCCAGGUUCCUAGGAAGAAAGAUGAAGACACAUAUCAAGGCACUACAUGGCAAAUCAAGUUUCAACUUAAGCAUUUCAGUGAAAGUGAUACCCUCAAACUUCGAAUAGCCCUUGCCACUGCAAACAUUGCAGAAUUACAGAUUCGAAUAAAUGAUUCGAAAGCCGACCCUCCGCUGUUUACGACCGGAGUGAUUGGAAACGACAAUACAAUUGCCAGGCAUGGAAUCCAUGGUCUGUACCGGCUGUAUAACAUAGAUAUACCAGGCACAUUGCUGGUGGAAGGAGCCAAUACCCUAUUUCUAACGCAACCAAUGAGCAGUAGCCCUUUGGCACCUUUCCACGGACUCAUGUAUGACUAUAUUCGUUUAGAAGGUCCAUCAUCUUCUUCUUCUUCCAGUACCACCUAAAUUAUAUCUGUGCUUCUUUAAUUAACACAAAUUAAUGAGGAUAAUAUUAAAAUUUAAUGUAUAAAUACCUUAAAGUUAUCAUACUCUCUGGCGAUUUCUUAUUUCUUA